AACCUUUCCUUUUUAAUCCCUCGCUCUCUUCUUCACACCUUCCUUUCUCCUCGGCCACCACAUCUUUCUCUCUCUCUAAAAUGAACAACAACAGCGAUCCAGUAUUUUCUUACUCGUCAUCUUCACCAUCGUCAUCAGCUGCAGCUGUUAAUUCUUCAUAUUUAACACUAAACAUGGUGAAUAACAAUCCUGCUGAUUACAAUAACUAUCAUGAGCAGAUGGGGUUAAUGGAGAAAGAUCUUCAGAAGUAUGAAAACUCCGAGGAGAUGGUGGGUGGUCAUCAUGUUUCUCCGAGCAGCAGUAGCCUAGCUCACGGCGAUGGUAGCCAGCUGAUCAUGGCGGCUGCAGCAGGGAAGACUAAUAUUAGAAAAGGUGAGAAGAAGAUCAGAAAGCCUAAACAUGCUUUUCAAACCAGGAGUCAAGUUGAUAUUCUUGACGAUGGAUAUAGAUGGAGAAAAUAUGGUCAAAAGGCUGUCAAGAACAAUAAAUUCCCCAGGAAUUACUACCGUUGUACACAUCAAGGAUGCAAUGUUAAAAAGCAAGUUCAACGACUAUCGAAUGAUGAUGGAAUUGUGGUGACAACAUAUGAAGGAACACAUUCACAUCCAAUUGAGAAAUCUACAGAUAACUUUGAGCAUAUUUUAACACAAAUGCAAAUCUAUUCUCGCUAGAAUGAUGUUUCUUGGUAUCUUGCUGAUGCUUUGUUUCCUUGUAGAUUGGAAUCUUAAAACAAAAAAAAAAAUGCUGAAAAUGAUAAAUAUUUUUGUAACUUAUAUAUUAUCAUCAUCAUAUUUAACCUUCUAAUAACAAGAUGAUGAUACUUCAGAAAAUAUAAACAUAUGCUUCUUUAUCCGUAUGUCUUGUGGAGCUAUGUGUUAUCAUCUUGUUAAUUAGUACACAGAAAAAAAAAAAAAAAAAGAAAAGAAAAACGAGUUAGGGGUAGUUCACGUUACUUGAAAAUAAAUAACGUGCUAGCUAGCUAACAAUGUUUCAUUUGUUGUAACGUGACGUGUUUGAGGUGCGUACUUAGUAAGUUUAUUAAUUUGUUUUGGAUU